CUCCCAAACUCUCGUGGUAAGGAAGUGACGGAGCUGCCUCCGCUUAGAGGGACGCGCGUUUGAAGCUGCACUGUGAGUUUUCCUGUCGAGAUUCCCGUAUAAAUACAGAGGCUGGACAGUAUGGAUUCAUUCAGGACCUCAAGGGACGUGAACCAAACCCAGCCGUACUCGGGGGGGCCACCGGGAGCGGGCGCGGAGAGCUAUGGACUCGGUAGCCGAGGGGGGUUUGGUGUUGGAGCGCCUACCGGCUCGGUCCCUCCACCCCCGCCGCCUUGGCCCGCCCAGCACGGCCACUGGCCUCCGUUUCAGCCGCCGGUGCCUCCAGGUGGACCCUCUGCGUACUCUCAGCCUCCGCUUUUCGACCCCAGUAGACCUCCUCCAGGUUACUUUGGCGAGCAGCAGAUGGGGCCGGGGUCUGGGCCUUGGCCUCCUGCCGCCAGCCGGGGGCAACAGCCGCCUGGGGCUGAUGGGGGACAGUUUGAUCAGGGGGGCUCUUUUACCCAUUUUGGACCUCCAGCAUACCAGCCUUGUUAUCCUCCAUCCAGCUCGGGUCCAAACUUCAGUGUGGAUCAUCAUAAACCUCCCAGCACUUUUCCACCCCAGUUUUCCUCAUCAGAGGGCACCUGGCCAGGUGAGUGCCAGAAUAAACUAAACAAAGAACACCGCAGCACCAGGCUGGUCACAUCUGAUCCAGAUGCAAAGCAGAGGGUGCAGGACGAGCAGUGGAUCAAAGGGUUCUUGCAAAGAAGAGGGCAGAAAUCGGCUGCAGCCACUCGGGCUGCUUCAGAACAGUCUGUUUCUGAGUUCAGACAGAAGCUGUACAGUGCAGUUCAGAUGCUCUCUGAGCUCUCCCUGCUCUGCCAAACCCUGAAAAACAACCUGGAGAAUGAAAGUGUUUGGACUGAGUCGCACUCCAGAGCGGUGGAGCUGAAAAGCAGCCUGCAGGAGAGACUGGCAGGCCUGCAGGACCAGAAGGCCAUCAGCAGGGUGAAGAGGAAGCUGGAGCUGAUCAAGAAGAAACGGGAGCGCAUGCGCAGGAGGAAAGCAGAGAAGAUGGAGGAGAAACGGGAGGAGGAGAGGAGAGCUGCAGAGAGGGAGGCAGCUAUAGACAAGUACCGGAUGAAGCAGAUACAAGAACUGGAAGAAAAGAACAGGGAGCAUGAGCUGAAGCUUGCUGCUGACGCUGUGCUGUCUGAGGUGAGGAAGAAGCAGGCAGAUGCUAAACGAAUGCUGGACAUCCUCAAGGCUCUGGAAAAGCUGAGAAAACUCCGCAAAGAGGCUGCGUCAAGGAAAGGCAUGUUUCCGGAGAAGGAGUGUGAUGAGGUGUUUGAGGGCCACCUGACACGGCUGAGGAGUCUGAUCAGAAAGCGCACGGCCAUUUACGGUGCUGAAGAGAAAGCCCUGAGGGUCAUGCUGGAGGGAGAACAGGAGGAGGAGCGCAAACGAGAGCGGGAAAAGCGGCUGAAAAAGGAAAGGGAAAAGCUGCUGCUUAAGAAACAGGAGAUAGACAUCAUGCUGUUUGGAGCUGAACUGCCUCCCGAUCAUCCGCUUCAGCCUUUCAGAGAAUACUACACUCAGGCGGAGUGCUCUCUACCUGCCCUGAUCCAGAUAAGGAGAGAAUGGGAUCAGUUUCUGGUUCCAGUGGAUCAUCCUGAUGGCACGUCGAUCCCUCAGGGCUGGGUUCUGCCGGACCCUCCUUCGGAUGACUUCUGGGCCUCUGCUCUGGAGAAGUGACCCUGUUUACUGAACCAGUUCUGACUAUUGAAUCACUUCCAAUUCUACUGAAUGCUUCCAAACUACUGAAUGCUACUGACUGAUAGCGUUAACAGUAUGUGAGCUGGAAUAGGAGUUAUUUAUGUUGUAUUUCUGGUGCACACAUCUGUACAGAAAUAAAAGGUAACACUUUUUCAACACUACCUACAAGGGAAAAAUGUAAUCAAAUGAUACAUGACAUUUUAACAACACACAAUAAAUCACAAUUUUUAGUUUUUUCUGUAGGUCUGAAAGAUGAAUAGUUUUCAUAUCAAAAUCGCAAUGUUCAAAUCACAAGAGCUGCAAUUUUUUCAUUAUAUCCUAUAUUUUAUGAAAAAUGUCUUUGGUUUUAAGCGGGGAAAUUUAACUUAAUUUAAUUUAAAAUUUCAUUUCUGAACUGCCUGCAGAUGUUAGGCCAAUCAGAUCCAUGUGUUGUGAUAUCACAGCUGUAAGUCUGCCACACUGCAUUCAGGUUUCAAGAAUCAAGCCAAAAAAGUGAAUAUUAAAGUGAAUAUUCUGGUCUACUUGGCAAAAAAAAACAACAAACAAACAGGCCUGAACCUUAAUUUAUAGAAAAAAAAUUGUAGUCA